AUGGCUAGCCGACAGAUGGAAUUUCACUACAUUAACACUGGGUUCCCCUAUACAGUAACUGAGAGUUUUAUGGACUUAUUUGAGGGGCUCACUUAUGCACAGGCAGAUGCCACUCUUUCAGGAACUUUGCAUGACCAGGUAAAUCUGAAAAUUUGAACCACUUGUAAUUUUCAGAUAAUAUGAUAAUUUUCUAUUUAAGCAUUUAAUUUUAAAGAUGUGAUGUCUGUAGCUACAGUAACUUAUCUGCUCCUUUGUUAAGGAUUAUUUAUUUAAUAGAAAAAAUCAUUUUAUUUAAUUAUCCUUGAAAGGGAAGUCGGGUAUGUUGUGUUACUUGAUGUCGAAAUUUAUUUCCGUGAUUAUUUUCCACUCAAUGUAACCAUUCACAUGCGUUGUGAAACUCAUGCGCCUGUCUUCUUCUUCGACUAAAUGACUCUGAAGAUAGUUGCUAUUCUUUUCCAUGUAUUCAUGCUUUUUUGACUGAAGAAAAGAGAAACUUUUUCAUAUAUGCCAUUUUUGUCAUUUUUAUAUGAUAUACUUUGUUACACAUGUAUGUGCAGGGGAAUCCAUAUUGGCCAAUGAUCCACACACAUUCGUACAAGUACGGCUUUUCUGGUUCAGCAAGUAAUUCCAAUCAUAGCCUGAGUCACAUGUAUGACAUGAAUGAUCUUGCACUGAGAUUCGAUGGAGGUGGACGACUCUGGGACAGUUCUUCGGUAUCAAAUAUUGAAGAAUCUCCUAAUCUGGUUUCACAUGGCGGCAUGAUUGGUGCUGAAUCAGGUGCUAGCACUGGCACUGAGGACUGUAAGUCUGAUUCAUGUUUCAUUUCGUUGAGUAGGUGACAAAUUAUGAAUAUUGGAUGUUGUUCUCCUCAUCUGGUACUAUUAUCAAAUAGUUAUUUCCCUAAUACUUGGUUGAGUGGACACUAAAAGGAUAUGCAUUGGAUGUUGGUCUGAAAAUUGGAUAUCUUAUCAAGAACUUUAACAUCUUUCUUAGCCUAGUUAGUCAAAUUGAAUGAAUUCCAUUAUUGAUGAGAUGAUCCACAAACUGUACGAGAGGGAAUUCCUUUAUAAUCAUAAAACAUGUGCUGGUAAUAUAACAAAUGGAAAUGAAUUUUCUUUGCAUGAUUUCCAAAAGAGUUGGACUCAGCUUGCGAGCUAUAGUAAAGCCUCACAUUUUUUUUUGGUUGAAUAUGUUAUGUAAAGAAUUGAAGGAUAGAAUAGAAUGUGGUGAGGCUCACAAUAUUUUGGUCUGUUCACUCCUUUGGAUUUCACUAUGAGGCACACUGUAUUCACACAAUCAAACAUUUUUUUAUGGAUUUAUCAAACCGCAUUUAUGUCUAGUAUCAACCUCUUAUGCAGACCUUAGUUUAUUUUUGGUAGUUUCUAUAUAAUUACAGAUGAGUUGAAGUAAAGUUCUUUAUUUACGUGUUUUAUAGAGAACUCUUCUCAUCUUUAAAAUUUAUCUCAUGCCUGCUUUUUAAAACAAGUUCAGUCUGGAAAUUUUCUUUGUCGCAUAGUUCCCAAUGAAGACUGUUAAGUUUUUAUAAAUCCGUUGUAAUACUUGAUUUUCAACUUUGCAGGCAUUCGGACUCACCACAAUGGCACCAAUCCUCAUGUAAGAGCCGAUCUUUAUUUCUGUUGUCAUGAAAAAAAAAUUACUUUGUUGAAUAUGCCCAUUCCACAGUCUGAGAUUAAUUCCAUUACUCUAUUUCGGUGUUGAGAUUUUUAAGCGUCAUAAGUAAGCAGAUCUAAUUGUUAUUAUUUAAGUCCUCAGCAGUUGAUGGAUCAGGUUGUCGGAAAUUGUUUGGGGUUUGGAUACUAAAUUAGCAGGAUUGAUGUAAUAAAAGUUUAUGGUGAUGAUGAUCAUUGUUCUGCUACAUCGCUUCUAUUGACUAUGCAGUACAUGUGAUUUCUUCACGUAAUUAUGACGACUAAUAGCUGCCUACCUAUCAUACCUAUUCACCACCUGACAACUAUUUUAUUUGUUUAUUUGAAGGCUUUCUACUUGUCUCAUUUUUUAGAUCACCCACUGCAAUUUCUUACUUCUGGCGAACAUGGCCUCUUCACUAUUUUUUGCUAUCAUAUCCUCUUACUAUAGCCAAGCAUAUGCUUUUUUGCAAGUCUCUUCCUUUUUUAAAAAAACUACGGUCCAGACAACAUUUGCAUGAGAGAAUCUGAGCAACAUAUUUGAUUCGUGUCUAGCAGGUCAUCUGGCAGGACAACAUCGAUCCAGACAAUAUGACGUAUGAGGUUUGUGACACUACCUUGUGUCAUAUUCAAAGAAUGAUUUUUGGUUAAUCACACAGUUAUCCCUUUUUCUCGGUUCUUACUUUUAAAGUGCGAGGUAACACUAUUAAGAAAGGAUCAUUGGACCUGUAUGUAAGAUACACUUGGUGGGAGCAGUUAUGGUAAAAACAACUAAUAAUGGUCAAAAAUCAGACAAUCAUUACACAGAAAUAAGUGAAUUAAUUUUAAAAAUAGUAGUUAAUUUUUUCUUGAAAAUAUUAUUCGUUAAACAUUAAGUAUAUAUUUUACACGUUUUAUAAAUAUUUUAAAAAAAUAAUGUCAUAAAAUCAGAAAAUAAUUCAACAUAGUAUUAAAUUAAAACUUUAAAUACUUAUAUAAUUUUUUCUCCUGUGAAUAUUAUUUGAAGCGGAAUAGGGGGUUUUAUGAGUAGGGAUGGUUGGUCAUUUUAAAAGUCAAAUUUGGUAAACUCUAAUGGCAGUUUAGAUGGCACGUCCUUCUCAAUUCGAUUAAAUUCAUAUUUGAGCAUGAAACCAUUUGGAAUGAUCCUUAUGUUAAAUGGAUCUGUAAUGAAUAAGUCUAUACCAUUGAGUUACGUAGAUGAGCAUGAUAUUGAUAUUCACCCUUUAGAAACUGUGAUUCUAUUUCCAGUUUUCAGAUAUCAGAAGCAGAGACUCAAAUUCGUUCAUAUGUUAUCUUAUUUCAGCAUGGUCUUAAGUGAGGGUUUCAACAGGCUAAACUGGACUUGGGCUUUGCAAAUGAGCUUGUGUGGCAUUUACAACGCCUGAACACCUAUAAUGGGCAUACAAGUCGAACACCUAGAAAGCUUUCCCCCCAGCACUAUGGUUCUUAUGCACCUGUGUUUUAGAGGAAGAUUUGUUGCCACCUAGGAGUUUGCAGGACAAACAAUGGGGCUAAGGGCUUCUGUGAAUCUAUGCCGAAUCCAAUGGAAGCCGGAACCUAACGAGGUGGACUGGACCGGUAUCAAGGCUUAUGGGACCCACCCACUUACGACACGAGUCUUAAUUUCCCUUUAGUGUUCCAUGAGAGGGGUUAAUCGAAGCUAUCAUCUUGCUUUGCGAUGGCAUAGCAUCUAGAUAGAAAACCAGUAAAGACAAUGAUUAUCUGCAGCACGAUCUGCAGAGUGGAUUUGCGGUGGGAUACAUUAUUAUGUGUAGAGCAUCUGGUGAAUGAUCUCAAGUAACUCUAGAUUGAUUGAAUCUUCAAGGGUGCGAGGACAACUCAUGUCCUUUUUCCCCUCUACUUAGCGUGUACUUUUGUGUAUUAUUUCGUUUAUUGAAAUAGAACAGGUGAUGAGUUUAAAUAUCUUAACUGUGUAUGUCUGCAAUCCCACCCGUGGCUUAUUCAAAGGACCGUACCAACAACAAUUUAUCUCCAUGGAUCAUGGCGAUGCUUCCAUAUGCGUGUGAAAAAUAUUUUUUUUCUAGGCCUCUACUGUCUUCAUCGGUAGAUGUGUUUUGUCGAGCUUAAAAGUUCAUCCACGAUUUUUACUGAAUCUACAGUGUCUAUUUUUUCCAUAGGAAUUGCUUGAUUUAGGCGAGGCUGUUGGAACUCAAAGCCGUGGUCUUCCACUAGAACUUAUUAUGUCGCUCCCGGUCUCAAAGUACAAGUGUAGCCUCUUUUCCAGAAGAAAGGCUCGGGGUGAGAGGUAAACCUCCUGGCCAUUGCCUUUGUUAUUCAUCGUGGAAAGGUUGCCGCAUGAGAUACUAUGCCGCUGUUUCCCCAUUCAUUGGUACUUGGCAACUUUAUUAGAUUUUUUUUCCCCUGUGCAAAGUUUGAUGUUAACUUCUUUUAUAGAUCUUGACUACAUAUUUUGCAGAAAAAAGAUUGUUAUCUUAAUCUGAUAUGAUCGAAACUCGGUUUCGUAUUUACUUUAAUCGGUGAACCUGUACAGAGAAGGUCACGAGGUCCCCUUUUAGCCUGGUAACAUCAUUAAUGUCGGGUUUUCUAAUCCCACUGCUGAACCUUUUCACCGGCCUCACUAGGAAUGAUGAGGAAGAUCGAAGUUUGGAGACUGACUCAAUGUCUUUCCUUUCUAAGCCGGACCCUGUCAUAAUUCUCAGCGUUUCUACCUGUUCUUUACUAAAAGUGGAAAAUAGGGUUAUACCACCCGGACUGUCUUGUCUCAUGGCUCAUUGGUGACAAUAUUUUUACGCGGCACAGGUGUGUGAUCUGCCAGAUGGACUACAAAAGAGGUGACAAGCAGAUGACUCUCCCAUGCAAGCACGUCUACCAUGUGGGCUGCGUCUCUAGAUGGCUUGGCAUUAACAAGGUUAGUGCUCGUCUGGACAUCGAUACCUGUAAUAUAGAAAUGGGCGCGGAUAUCUCAGUAAUCUCAAGUGCCUGUUGAUGUCUUUGUAUCAGGCCUGCCCAGUCUGCUUUGCAGAGGUAUUUGUCGAGAAGCCCAGGGGCACGUGA